CGCUUUUUAAGAAUAGAUACAUCCAUAUUUGGGCAAAUUUGAGUCAAGAAUUUAGGAUCAGAGGGAGUAUAUCAUUACAAUGGACAUUCUGGAUUCUUUUCUUAGAUAUAAGGGUUAUUUUACAUAAAGAAACUUAGGGCUUGUUUGUGUAGGACUAACAUUACCACAACUGACUUUGAAAAAACAAUGCCCAUUAGCACAAGUGUGCCCAACAAAAUUGUCAGCACUAAGCCUAUGACAUGUGGACCAUAUGGCUAACAGAUGUGACAAAUCACAUUUGUGGCAAUUAACCAAAUACAUACCUAAGAAAUUGUGGCACACCUAAAGGUAGGCGUGGCAACCUUAGGCUAAAAACCAAACAUGCUCUAGAUUACAUAGGAGGAACUAAGUAAGCAGCAAAAGAUUUUUCUAUGCCUCCAUUUAUGCUAGGAGGGUCAGGAAUGGGAGAUGGUGCUCUAUGAAAGAUGUUUGAAAAGGCACUCAAGUUCGAGUCGAGGACACGGAAACCUAGCAAUAAAUCAAAACCGCAAGGUGGAUUGGAUUCUAAGAAGGAUGCAGUCAUCCCAAGGGAGGGUAACAAUCAACAUAUUGCAGCACACACUUUCACUUUUCGUGAGCUUGCUGCUGCUACUAAGAACUUCAGACAGGAUUGCCUUUUAGGCGAGGGUGGUUUUGGACGCGUAUAUAAAGGGCGUUUGGACAAUUCGCAGGUUGUUGCAGUUAAGCAACUUGAUCGCAAUGGCCUUCAAGGAAACAGAGAGUUUUUGGUUGAGGUCCUUAUGCUCAGUCUGCUGCACCAUGAUAACCUGGUUAACCUAAUUGGAUACUGUGCUGAUGGGGAUCAACGUCUUCUUGUAUAUGAAUACAUGCCAUUGGGAUCACUUGAGGAUCAUUUGCACGAUAUUCCACCUGAAAAGGAACCUCUUGACUGGAAUACACGUAUGAAGAUUGCUGCUGGUGCAGCCAAGGGACUAGAAUACUUGCAUGACAAGGCAAGUCCUCCUGUUAUUUACCGGGAUUUCAAGUCGUCAAACAUUCUUCUAGGCGAGGGGUUUCAUCCAAAGUUAUCUGACUUUGGUCUGGCAAAACUUGGCCCUGUUGGUGAUAAGACUCAUGUUUCAACACGUGUUAUGGGAACAUAUGGCUAUUGUGCCCCAGAGUAUGCAAUGACAGGACAGCUUACAGUUAAAUCUGAUGUGUAUAGCUUUGGUGUUGUGUUCCUUGAGCUGAUUACUGGCCGCAAAGCAAUUGACAACACCAAACCGCACGGAGAACAAAACUUAGUGGCCUGGGCUCGUCCUCUGUUCAAAGACCGCCGGAAAUUUCCGAAAAUGGCUGAUCCGUCGCUCCAGGGCCGCUUUCCCAUGAGGGGCCUGUAUCAAGCUUUAGCCGUUGCUGCAAUGUGUUUGCAAGAGCAAGCUGCCACCCGUCCUUUUAUAGGAGAUGUGGUCACUGCCCUUUCAUAUCUUGCUUCUCAGGCAUAUGAUCCAAAUGCGCCCACUCAACAUAAUCGGAGCAAUGCAUCUACCCCCAGAGCCAGAGACCGUGGUAGUGGGAACAGUGACCAGCGGCGUAUCAACUCGCCAAAUCACCAUUCCCCAGAUGUGAGGAGGCGAGAAGCUACAACAACAUCAAAGUAUGAAGCAGAGGUUAGCAGGAAUAGUUCUGGUGGUGGUUCUGGUCGACGGUCGGCCUUGGAUGAUGGGGAUGCAACAGGUUCACAAGUGGGUAGUCCCGCUCAUGCAGGAAGGAGGAGGGAAGCUUCAAGGACCUCUGACAGGCAGCGUGCUAUUGCAGAGGCCAAGACAUGGGGGGAGAAUUCAAGAGAGAGGAAGUGGCCAAACGCUCGGGGCAGCUUCGAUAGUACAAAUGAGUAGAACUCUGGAGCAAAAAGUCAGAGUCACCAUUCUAGAAAAGAUUUGAGUUGCUUGCCAGUACCAAACAGGUCGCAAUUUAGGAACACGGGGUCAGGUCAUAAUUUAGGAAUAUGGGGUUCGAUCUUGGUUCCGUGGUCUAUGUGAAUAGAACAUUUCUUCUUUCCUGUCCUGCCCAUUACCACUGCUUCAUAGGUUCUCUCUUCCAUACAACAUUAUCACCAUAAUCACCAUCGACACGCCUAUUUGUGGUGUCCGUUCCUCAUGAAUGUGAUCAUGCAAUUGCGAUUAUAUCAUCAUGACGACAAACACCAUUUGUCUGGAAAGUUAAAAUGUGGAGUAAACUAUUCUAAAGACGAGGAGCACAUGAUGUUAUCGAGGGUAUCUUCUGUUGCUGUUACAAGUUGCAUGCAUGAUGGAUCAUGGGUAUCAGCGGCUUGAUGUGAUGAUUUUUCUUUCCUUAAGGGUUUGUACCGAGGUGUUUUACCUGUGUUUCAUACAUAUUUCAUGUCACAUUUUGGUGUUGAGUUGUCAGAACACAUCCUUUGCUUUAUCCCUUCUAGCAAGCCGUUAUGCCCCUUCCAGUUGAGCA